GCUUUCUGAAACAAAGACUCAUUUUGAAGAUGUUUAACAAAUCAUUUGGAACAACCUUUGGGGGUGGCACAGGUGGCUUUGGCACAACUUCAGCAUUUGGACAGAAUACUGGCUUUGGCACUACUAGUGGAGGGGCAUUUGGAACAUCUGCAUUUGGUUCUAGCAACAAUACCGGAGGCCUGUUUGGAAAUUCACAGACUAAACCAGGAGGCUUAUUUGGAACCAGUUCAUUUAGCCAGCCAGCUACCUCCACAAGCACUGGCUUUGGGUUUGGUACAUCAACAGGAACAGCAAAUACCUUGUUUGGAACUGCAAGCACAGGGACCAGUCUUUUCUCAUCCCAAAACAAUGCCUUUGCACAAAAUAAACCAACUGGCUUUGGGAAUUUUGGAACCAGUACUAGCAGUGGAGGACUCUUUGGAACCACAAAUACCACCUCUAAUCCUUUUGGCAGCACAUCUGGCUCCCUCUUUGGGCCAAGUAGUUUUACAGCUGCUCCUACUGGGACUACUAUUAAAUUUAACCCUCCAACUGGUACAGAUACUAUGGUCAAAGCUGGAGUUAGCACUAACAUAAGUACCAAGCACCAGUGUAUUACUGCUAUGAAAGAAUAUGAAAGCAAGUCACUAGAGGAACUUCGUUUAGAGGAUUAUCAGGCUAACAGGAAAGGCCCACAGAACCAGGUGGGAGCAGGUACCACAACUGGCUUGUUUGGGUCUUCUCCAGCCACUUCCAGUGCAACAGGACUCUUCAGUUCCUCCACCACUAAUUCAGGCUUUGCAUAUGGUCAGAACAAAACUGCCUUUGGAACUAGUACAACUGGAUUUGGAACAAAUCCAGGUGGUCUCUUUGGCCAACAGAAUCAGCAGACUACCAGCCUCUUCAGCAAACCAUUUGGCCAGGCCACAACCACCCAGAACACUGGCUUUUCCUUUGGUAAUACCAGCACUCUAGGACAGCCAAGCACCAACACCAUGGGUUUAUUUGGAGUAACCCAAGCCUCACAGCCUGGAGGUCUUUUUGGGACAGCUACAAACACCAGCACUGGGACAGCAUUUGGAACAGGAACAGGUCUCUUUGGGCAGACCAAUACUGGAUUUGGUGCUGUUGGUUCGACCCUGUUUGGCAAUAACAAGCUUACUACAUUUGGAAGCAGCACAACCAGUGCACCUUCAUUUGGUACAACCAGUGGCGGGCUCUUUGGUUUCGGCACAAAUACCAGUGGGAAUAGUAUUUUUGGAAGUAAACCAGCACCUGGGACUCUUGGAACUGGGCUUGGUGCAGGAUUUGGAACAGCUCUUGGUGCUGGACAGGCAUCUUUGUUUGGGAACAACCAACCUAAGAUUGGAGGGCCUCUUGGUACAGGAGCCUUUGGGGCCCCUGGAUUUAAUACUACGACAGCCACUUUGGGCUUUGGAGCCCCCCAGGCCCCAGUAGCUUUGACAGAUCCAAAUGCUUCUGCUGCCCAGCAGGCUGUUCUCCAGCAGCACAUCAAUAGUCUAACAUACUCACCUUUUGGAGACUCUCCUCUCUUCCGGAAUCCCAUGUCAGACCCUAAGAAGAAGGAAGAGAGAUUGAAACCAACAAAUCCAGCAGCCCAGAAGGCUCUUACGACACCUACUCAUUAUAAAUUGACGCCCCGCCCUGCCACUAGAGUCCGGCCAAAGGCUUUACAAACAACAGGCACAGCGAAGUCACAUCUUUUUGAUGGGCUGGAUGACGAUGAACCAUCCCUAGCCAAUGGAGCAUUCAUGCCCAAGAAGAGCAUUAAGAAGUUGGUUUUGAAGAACCUUAAUAAUAGCAAUCUCUUUUCUCCCGUUAAUCGUGAUUCAGAAAAUCUAGCUUCACCAUCUGAAUAUCCAGAAAAUGGAGAGAGAUUUAGUUUCCUAAGCAAACCUGUUGAUGAGAAUCACCAGCAGGACGGAGAUGAAGAUUCCCUUGUGUCACGUUUUUAUACUAAUCCUAUUGCCAAACCUAUUCCUCAAACCCCAGAAAGUGCUGGAAAUAAACACAACAACAGCAACAGUGUGGAUGAUACCAUUGUUGCAUUAAACAUGCGUGCUGCUUUGCGAAAUGGGCUGGAAGGAAGCAGUGAAGAAACCUCUUUUCAUGAUGAGUCACUUCAAGAUGACCGAGAAGAAAUAGAAAAUAAUUCUUACCAUAUGCAUCCGGCAGGUAUUGUUCUCACUAAGGUUGGUUACUAUACUAUUCCGUCUAUGGAUGACCUUGCUAAAAUUACCAAUGAAAAAGGAGAGUGCAUUGUCUCUGACUUCACUAUUGGUCGGAAAGGUUAUGGUUCAAUCUAUUUCGAAGGAGAUGUGAAUUUGACAAAUCUAAAUUUGGAUGAUAUUGUGCAUAUCCGAAGGAAAGAAGUAAUUGUCUACUUAGAUGAUAACCAAAAACCGCCUGUGGGUGAAGGGCUAAAUAGGAAGGCUGAAGUUACAUUGGAUGGAGUUUGGCCAACAGAUAAAACAUCUCGUUGUUUAAUAAAGAGCCCAGAUCGCCUUGCUGAUAUCAACUAUGAAGGAAGAUUGGAAGCAGUUUCAAGGAAACAGGGAGCUCAAUUCAAAGAAUACCGGCCUGAAACUGGUUCUUGGGUGUUUAAGGUCUCCCAUUUUUCUAAAUAUGGCCUUCAGGAUUCUGAUGAAGAGGAGGAGGAGCAUCCAUCUAAAAGUAGUACAAAGAAGUUGAAGACUGCUCCUUUGCCUCCUGCAGGCCAGACUGCCCCCUUGCAGAUGGCUCUUAAUGGCAAACCUGCACCUCCACCUCAGAGCCAGAGCCCAGAGGUGGAGCAGUUAGGGAGGGUUGUGGAACUGGACAGUGACAUGGUAGAUAUCACCCAGGAGCCAGUUUUGGAUACCAUGUUAGAAGAGAGCAUGCCUGAGGAUCAGGAACCUGUGUCUGCCUCGACACAUAUUGCGUCUUCACUGGGAAUUAAUCCACAUGUCUUACAGAUCAUGAAAGCAUCAUUGCUUACUGAUGAAGAAGAUGUAGAUAUGGCACUGGAUCAACGCUUCAGUCGCCUUCCUUCCAAAGCAGAUACUUCUCAAGAAAUCUGUUCUCCGAGACUUCCCAUUUCAGCAUCCCACUCAUCGAAAACUCGUUCACUAGUUGGUGGGUUACUACAAUCAAAAUUUACAAGUGGAGCUUUUCUUUCACCAAGUGCCUCUGUGCAAGAAUGUCGUACUCCCAGAACAGCAUCUUUAAUGAAUAUCCCAUCCACAUCCUGUUGGUCUGUUCCUCCACCCCUGACUUCUGUGUUCACAAUACCCAGCCCAGCCCCUGAGGUUCCGUUGAAAACAGUGGGUACACGUAGGCAACUAGGCCUAGUCCCUCGUGAAAAGUCUGUCACCUAUGGCAAGGGAAAACUCUUGAUGGACAUGGCCCUGUUCAUGGGACGCUCAUUUCGUGUUGGUUGGGGUCCCAACUGGACUCUUGCUAAUAGUGGAGAACAGCUGAAUGGCUCUCAUGAACUAGAAAAUCAUCAGAUUGCUGAUUCUAUGGAGUUUGGAUUCCUGCCCAAUCCAGUAGCUGUUAAAUCCCUAACUGAGUCCCCAUUCAAAGUUCACUUAGAAAAACUCAGUUUGAGACAAAGGAAGCCAGAUGAAGACAUGAAAUUAUAUCAGACACCUCUGGAGCUCAAAUUAAAACACAGCACUGUCCAUGUGGAUGAACUGUGCCCUCUCAUUGUCCCCAAUCCGGGAGUUGCUGUCAUUCAUGACUAUGCAGAUUGGGUUAAAGAAACAUCAGGAGACUUACCAGAAGCACAAAUUGUGAAGCACUGGAGCCUGACAUGGACACUAUGUGAAGCCCUAUGGGGCCACCUGAAGGAGCUUGACAGCCAGCUAAAUGAACCCUGUGAAUACAUUCAAAUUCUAGAGCGAAGAAGAGCUUUCUCCCGCUGGCUAUCCUGUACUGCCACACCUCAGAUUGAAGAGGAAGUCUCCUUAACCCAUAAAAGCAGCCCUGUGGAAGCUGUAUUCAGCUACCUUACAGGCAAAAGGAUCAGUGAGGCCUGCUCUCUGGCCCAGCAGUCAGGUGAUCAUCGUCUGGCUCUUCUUUUAUCUCAGUUUGUGGGUAGCCAGUCAGUCCGGGAGCUGCUCACCAUGCAGUUGGUGGAUUGGCAUCAGCUCCAGGCCGACUGCUUCAUCCAGGAUGAAAGACUGCGCAUCUUUGCUCUGUUGGCUGGAAAACCGGUGUGGCAGCUCUCAGAAAAGAAGCAAAUAAACGUGUGCUCCCAAUUGGAUUGGAAACGCUCCCUGGCUAUCCAUCUUUGGUAUUUGCUUCCACCAACAGCCUCCAUUUCUAGGGCGCUCAGCAUGUAUGAAGAAGCAUUUCAGAAUACCUCUGACAGCGACAGAUACGCCUGCUCCCCACUUCCUUCAUAUCUGGAGGGUUCUGGCUGUGUGAUAGCGGAGGAGCAAAACUCACAGGCACAACUUCGAGAUGUGUGUUUUCACCUUCUAAAACUCUACAGUGACAGCGUACGUGAGAAGGCUGUUCGAGAGCUGCUUACCCGGCACUGCCAGCUUUUGGAGACCCCUGAAUCUUGGGCUAAAGAGACUUUCCUUACCCAGAAGCUCUGUGUACCUGCCGAAUGGAUUCACGAGGCCAAAGCUGUACGAGCACACAUGGAAUCUGACAAGCACUUAGAGGCCCUCUGUUUAUUUAAGGCUGGGCACUGGAACCGCUGCCACAAGCUCAUCAUCCGACACUUAGCUUCUGAUGCCAUCAUUAAUGAGAACUAUGACUACCUGAAGGGGUUCUUGGAAGACCUGGCACCUCCAGAGCGCAGCAGCCUAAUUCAGGAUUGGGAAACAUCUGGGCUUGUUUACCUGGACUAUAUUAGAGUAAUUGAAAUGCUCCACCAUAUACAGCAGGUGGAUUGCUCAGGUUAUGACCUGGAGCAGUUACACAUCAAAGUGACUUCACUGUGCAGUCGCAUAGAGCAGAUUCAGUGUUACAAUGCUAAAGAUCGCCUAGCUCAGUCAGACAUGGCCAAACGUGUAGCCAACCUGCUGCGGGUGGUGCUGAGUCUGCAUCACGCUCCUGAUAGAACCUCCGACUCAACACCAGACCCUCAGCGAGUCCCUUUGCGCCUCUUGGCUCCCCACAUUGGCCGGCUCCCCAUGCCUGAGGACUAUGCCAUGGACGAACUGCGCAGCCUUACCCAGUCCUAUCUGCGAGAACUCGCUGUUGGGAGCCUGUGAGCCCCAGACUCUGCAUCACACUCACAUGCCCAUUCACACUCACCACACAGAGGUUCCCUGCCUUGUUUGGAUUGGCACUGUUUGCCAUUCUCUGGGUUGGCUAUGGCAUCUACCCUCCUUCCCUGCUGCCACAAGCAGCAUCCUCCAGUUGUUCAGGGCUUUUCUUAAUACUAAACAUAGCAUAAGGGCUUCUGGAACCCAGAAGAGGAGACAAUUCUCUUUUUACCAUCCUCAAGACCAGUGUUUUUCCUUUUAAUAAAUGGUCAAUAAAGCUCCUUUGGCAGAAUCCCCCAAAGAACCAGGGAAUCCUUUUUCACCCCUAGCCAUUCUGGAUCUUGUGACCCUCCAUGCCAACCAGCUACCCUACUCCUACCCUGGCCCUUUUAUACUAGGACUCCUUAGGAGGAGUGAGACAGGUGGUAAUGGAUCCUUAACAGGUGAACUAUCCACAGAAGGAAGAGGGAUCCGUCUCUUAAGUAAUUGGUUAGUUAACACUGAAUUUUGGAGGCAGAGGAGGGUUGGCCUGAGUUAGGAAACAGAAUGGGAUCUUUCUGACACACUUAGGGCAGAAGUGAAUGCCUGCCAUGGAGGGAUUGAUCUUCAGAGCUUCUUUUGUUCCUGCCUUUAGUGUUCCAUGAACACCAUACCUUUGCUACUACUAUGUGCAGGAGCCCUUGGUCAUAUGUGACAUGUCUAUGGGAAGCUCCCAGAAUUUGGUUUGGUCCCUGGUUUUCAGUCAUCUUGCUGAGAGUCUGUCUGGAUUUGCCUGAAGAGUUUGGAUAAAAAAUGGCAGGUUGGGUAACCCUCCCUGUUCAUCCCAUGUUAGCUCUAAAGCAUUUUCCACCCUCCAUCAUCCCUUCCAGAAGCAAACCAUGACUGAGGCAGGCAUGGAGUUGGGCGUUAGGGGCAGGCAGAGGGCCUUUGCUACACUGCUGACAGCUAUAGGGAGCCCCAGGUAAUGGCAUGAGAUAGCUGGUGUUAGGGCUGUCUCAGGCAAUAUGGCCACACCUGGGUCUUUAUGCAUGAAGAUUAUGUAAAGGUUUUUAUUAAAAAAUAUAUAUAUGUAUAAAUAAAUGAUCUAGAUAUUUUCCUCUUUUUCUGAAGUUACUUUCUUAAAAAAUAAAUAAAUAAAAUGUUUAUAGCAUUCCUGGUA